AUGGGGAAUCAGCUGGCAGCAGCAUCCUCCGUCAACGUCGCGGAUGUCUCGUCAACAUUGGCGCUCGUGGCACCUCUUGGGAGGGAGCAUCGUUAUUACUUCCGCUCAUUCCACUGUGCGAAGCUGGCAGGUGCGGCGACCAGUACCACAGAGACGCUCCGCUCGCGUCAUAUUUUUACCUCUACGAAUGACGGCCGUGCGAAGGACAUGUCUUUGCGCCACCCGUUUCAGCGAGCGGGUAGCACGGAUGUCGUUGUGAAAGUUUUUGUACGUACUUUUGGAGACAACCAACAGAAGCAGUUGGUGGAGUUCUGCUACGAGAAACUUCUAGAGAUUGAUGGGCGAAUGCGAAACACCCAAAGCGCCGCAUCCAACAGCACGUUUAUGAAUGGCGGCAAUAAUACGGCCGUGGGGAAUCAUCAUCACUCUCCUGCUGCCCCACCAGCACCAUGUAACGUGUUGUUUUACUCGGGCAUGGAGGUGCAUAAUGAUCGAUUUUGUAUGCUGCAACGAUCUUAUGUCGCCUACUCACUUUCGGAACGACUUGCGACGCGGCCGUAUUGGAAAAUGGGCGAGCGUCUCUUUGCCGGGUAUCAGCUCCUUCAAGGGCUGGUGCAGUUACAUGAUAAAUGGGAAACCGUUCAUGGGGACUUGAAGACAGAUAACGUUUUGGUAGACAAGGCUGGGUGGAUUUACGUGACGGAUGUUUGCCCUUUUAAGCCCGGCCUUCUUCCGGCAAACAAUCCGGCCCUGUUUGACUACUACUACGACACAAACGAGACGCGUAUUUGUUUUUUGGCCCCAGAGAAGUUUUUGGACGAGACGGUUUUGUUUAACCCAUCGAACUUGAACGCAAACGCCCAUACAAAAGCGAUGGAUAUUUUCUCGGCGGCAUGUGUAUUGGCGUACAUCUUCACGGAGGAGCCACUCUUUUCGCUCUCGGACACUCUCAGUCUCCGCCUCAUGCAGACACAGGAGGAACGUGAGUCCAGUGUGCAAAAGAUAUUAAUCGAACGUGGCGUUCCCCCAAAUGUGCGCCGAAUGCUUCUUGACAUGUUGUGCAACCCCCCAGCGACUCGUCCCACGGCACGACAGUUGUUGGAGACAUUUACGCCGUCGGUGUUUCCAUCGUACUUUGGCUUUAUUUACGGUGAAAUUCUUCCACCACUUCUGGCCCGCCCACCAGACCUCAAAGUACAGCUACUGCAUUCCCGACUGACGGAUAUUAUGGAUGAAGUGACACAACGCUUUGGCAAAAAUGAGGAUGCAACCAGUCAUCUGGCGGUUAUUCAGGAUGCCAAACAGUUGAGUGUGCAGCUGCUUCUUCCCGUUAUUUUAAACGCCGGCCUCCACCUCAUUACAGAUGACGCUUUCUGUCGUCUUAUUUCCAUUCUUCAGAAGAUUCUCCCCUAUUGCUCAUCGGAGGUGCAGAAAGAUAUACUUCUCCCUUACGUUCUCCACUAUUUGAAGUUGGAAUGCCACCCGGUUAUCGCGCGCAUAAUUGCACUGCGGACCUUGUCUAUGAUAUGCCACUCUAUCCCUUUUUCUGCCAGCGAUGCAACCAUUUUUGAUGAUCUUGUCCUGCCGUGUAUCGAGCAACUCUUCUUGAAAACGGACACCACCGAUGUUGCCCUUCUUGCGGAGGUUGCGGAUCAGUUACCCAGGAUCUUAUUGCGGGCCCGCGCCUUUUUGGAGCACUGUCAGGCGCUUGCAUCUGCUAAUGCGUGGCAAAGCGGCUUUGGGGAGCAGCUGAACAGUCUUCUGGAUCGUGGCUGGGAUGCCUUUCGAUUACUAUACAAGCAUCAUCAUACAACGGUUGCUGUUGUGACGCUUCGCCGCACGGCGGAUGUGGUGGCGUUUCUUGGAGAAGAAAGAGCACAGGAUGAUCUUAUUCCCUUUCUUACAACAGCCAUUGCCUCCGCCAUCGAUAUUCAACGAGAAUUAUAUCCACAGGCGAUCAUGUGUCAUUUGCACUUGCAGACACCGAAACUAAAGACACUGCGUUUUUUUGUGGAAGAGGGACUGAAACAGACGGAUGUGACGUGCCUGGAACGAACCAUAGAGAGCAUCACAGUCAUUGUUGAAAAGGAAUGUUUUGCCGUGUGGGACAUUAUGCCGUUGGUGCAUCAGGCAUUACCGUAUAUUAUGAGCUCCAAUAAAUGGGUAAGCUCGGCAGCAUCUCGCAUGGUGGAAAAAGUGGCCUGUACGCAUCGCGUGAGUGAUGUAUGGAUGUAUUUAGAGUGUGCUGUUCGACCCUUGUUGCGUCACCCAGUACCGCUUUUCCGCAUGGCUUCAUUUCCUUCAGCUGUGAGGUUGGAAUUAUCGAAUAACAUCUACGUCGUGGAGCAGCUGAUGAGGAACAUGAAUUUAGAGACACGAUUCCUGGGCGGGGAUGCAGCUUUUUAUGAGCGCAUAUUGCGCAGCAGCACAAUUUAUGAUUCGCCUUAUUUCAAUUCAUUUGGGAUUGCAAAACGUUCCUUGCAGGGUAUUGUCUCACGUGCAACAUCCGUGGAUGUUACUUUCGAUUCAAGCAUGUUGAAGCCAGAGGUAUCCUCUACAGAAAAGGCGGAAGGGACGCUGAGUGACGGUUCUCGGAAUAAUAAGUGGGAAUUAUUUUUUAGGCUCACAAAGCGUGAGCAGAAGCGUUUGCUUUUACGGCAAAAACCACUACGAGAUGAUGGGGGCUUCAACGCGAUACCGUCCCUCUUUCAAGAGCGACAACAGUCUGUCGGCAGUUUGCAUACCACACGAGGAGGAAGUGGAGGAAGCCGCCGCAGUGGGAAUGAGGUGGCAGGAUCCCCGACCCUUUCGAUGACACAAGUCACUUGGGAAGAGAAGGAGUUAAAGCCGAUUGCCGCGCCGUGGUUUACGCGGACUUCUCACCUUGGUGGGAUCUACUGCUCCUCCGCGGCAAAAGGUGGGACGUUGGUGACAGCGGGCGGUCGAGGUGAGGCGAUUCUUUGGUCGCUAGGCUCAGAAGGGGUGGACUACUCUCAUCGCAUCCAAACCAACGCCUCUCUCAUGAGCACCUUUCUGUUUGCAGGCUUUAUGCGGGAGGGGCUUAGCCCACUUCUCUGCAUGGGCGGCACUGACGGGGAUUUUUGUGUUUUUGAUGUUGCGUGCAACAACAUUGUCUUGCGGCGUUUGUUGGACGGCAGUACACUGACAUCCUUUUGCUUGAUUGGUAAUUUUACCACACUUGUGUCCACUGCGUUGGGUGGUGUGUUUGCUAUUGAUGUUAGGGUGGGGAAAGACGUCUGGCAGACAAAACUGCCGCCUUCGGUUGGCCCACCGAGUGGUCUUUUACCUCUUUUUUUUGAUACCCAGGCGUACGGGGCGUCGGUGGUAACAUUGACGGGGGGAGUAGCCCUGUUUGACCUGCGCUUUCAGCUGAUGGUGCAGGAGUACCGCCUUGGCAAGGAUGAUGGCAACAGUCAUGAAAGCGGAAGGGUCAGUUGGCCAGGCACCCACGCUAUGGAUAAUCCAAAUGCCAUACUGUGCGUUUCCCCGGACACUACAUGCACUACUCUAGACAGGACCGACGGUCCGGGCCUGUUUUUAGGAACACAGGCAGGGACGGUGCACUGGAUGGAUCUCUCCACUGGUGAGAAUCGGGUUGUACUAGAGCCUGCCACAAUCGGAAAGCCGACGAGGGCAUUACUGGUGCAGCCAAAGCACUCAGUGGUCAUGACGGCAGGAAAUGACAUGUGGAUCAGAAAGUGGUGUUUGACCGCUCCUAAUCAAUCAAAAACCCUUGUGUGCCCGCCGUACACGUCCCCCGCGUACCACGGAACCACCCGUGGGGGAAUUGCAGAGGCUCAGUCACAGAACCAGUUUGUGAGUGCACGGCCUUUCAAUUCUAAUGAGCCGUGCCUGACAACUAAUGGUUUUGUAUGUGAUGGUGCUGUGCCGCGGCACCAUGAGGACGCCAUUCUCACUUUGUGUGCUGUAUCAAACGGAAAUGCGUCGUGCCUGGCGUCCGGGUCUCGUGAUGGCACACUGACGGUGUGGCUUAAUUCAGAGUAA